UCGUUUAUUGUCGUUUUUUCCCUCUCUGCCUACGGUUUACCGGGCAACUCUGUUUGAUGAUAUAUAUACACGGUCACCAGCCUGUACGUACGAAGGUCCCCGGGCCGACCUACGUACGUACGAGCGUUCGGGGUCUCGUUUGGGGUCCGACCCCGACACAGUCGGCCUCCCGCUCCCCUGACUCGGUGACUCCCCCCUCCCUGCCCCCCUCCGACCAUCACUUUUUCCUCGUCCUCUCUGUCCACCUUCGCCCUCCUCCUCUUCUGCGUUGUCCUCCCUAUCCUCCUCCUCCUCCUCCUCUUCUUGGUCGUCGUCGUCGUCCUCCUCCUCCUCCUCCUCCUCGUCUUCUACAUCUUCUUCUUCUUCCUCCUCCUCCUCUUCCUCAUCAUCCUUCCUCCUCGUCCUCCUCUUCCUCCUCCUCCUCCUCCUCCUCCUCCUCGUCAUCCUUCCUCCUCCUUUUCCUUCGCCGCCUCCCCGUCAUCCUUCCUCCUCCUCCUCCUCCUGUUAUAUACUCUGUGUGUAGGGUAGAUACGUCGGCAACCCCUGGGCAUGUAGCAACUGAGGAGGAGGAGGAGGAAAAAGAAGAAGAAGAAGAACUACAAGACGAGGAGGAGGAGGAACAGGAAGAGGAGGAGGAGCAGGAGGAGGAGGAGGAGGAGGAGGAGGAGGAAAAGGAGGAGGAGGAAGAGGAGGAGGACGAGGAGGAGGAGGAGGAAGAAGAAGAUAAGGAGGUGGAGGAGGAGGAGGAGGAGAACGAGGAAGACGAGAAGGAGGAGGAGGAGGAGGAGGAAGAGGAGGAGGAGGAGGAGAAAAAAGAGGAGGCGGAGGAAGAGGAGGAGGAGGAGGAAGAGAAGGAAGAGGAGGAGGACGAGGAGGAGGAAGAGGAGGAGGAGGAGAAGGAAGAGAGAAGGAGGAGGAAGAGGAGGAGGAGGAAGAAGAAGAAGAGGAAGUAGAAGACGAGGAGGAAGAGAAAGAGGAGGAGGAGGAGGAGGAUGAAGAAGAAGAUGAGGAGGUGGAGGAGGAGAGCAAGGAAGAGGAAGAGGAGGAAGAGGAAGUGGUGGAGGCGGGUGAAGGGGGAGGAGGACCGAAAGCUCACCUUGAUGACGCUGCAGCAGGAGGACUCUCCCGACGAAGGCUCCAGCGGGGGCAUCGAUGGCUGCAGCGGCACAACAGUAGGGCAGUGGGGCAACGGGGCAGCAAGCCAUCAUCGCCGACAGACUGAGCACAAGGGCGGCGGGCGGGGACGAGCAGCAGGUACCACGGGGACGGGGCAGUGGGUUGUUGCUGGGUAAGAACGGUUGGGGAGGGCCGCAAAUUCAAAAUAAAAAAUUGGCCUGAUC